AUCUUUUCCGGAAAAACAGCACUGCACCCAGCCACCGCGCUCUGUAUUUCAAAAUUUUAAAAUAUUUAAUUUUCCCACAUUUCAUGAGUGUUAAUAUAUAUUCAGAAAAAGUACAAAAAGAUGCUAAUUAGUACAGAGACGGUUCUUACAUUUCAAGCAUAUUUUUAACCAUUGAUAAAAGAUUUUUUUUGCUAUUUUCGUGAAACAAACAUUAAUUAAUACUUAGUACUAAUAAGUUUUUAUUUUUCAUACUCCACUAAAAUCUUUCCACUUUCCGCCAGUUGCAUGUGUGUAUAGGUUCCGUUCUGCCGUUUCACCGAUAUUCCGACGUAAAGUCGCCCGCCGGUUUUAUGAUGGGAGAUCUUGGCGUGGAGGAGGAGUUAUCAUCCAAAGAUGCCUUCAAGCAGUAUGUUAUGGUGAAAAAGGACAGGAAAGUCAUAUGCCCAACACAGUGUCUCAAUCCACCUGCAAAUAUGCCUUCUGUUUGGCAUAUAACAGACAUUGUCCGACAAGAAAAAUUGGCCAACCUCUCUAGUUUAUCCCGCUGCUUGUUACGUCGUUCUCCAGAAAAUUCUCACCAGGAAAAGGAGUGGGGAGAAUUCCUUGGUUUCCUUCAGAAACACAAAAAGGUUGCAACUGGAAAAGAUGAGUGCUUUCAAUUUUUCAUACUUCCUCCCAAAGAAGGCUCGGGAUUCAGCUGUACAUUUGCUUAUUACCGGGAGAGGGGAAAACCAAGUGAAUGUCCUGUAGGUAAGGCCUCUGGAUCAACUUCUCAUCUGAUUGAGGAUGCUUGUUCUCCCUACAGCGAGGAGGCUGUUGUAGGUGCCCAAACUUGUAAUUUGUCAGCCAAAGCUAGUGAAAGGCCUGAAAAAACAAAUCAACACAAUCUUGUGCGUGCAAAUCCUAGUUUUUUAACAACUCUAGCUCACACCCAUUCCGGUUGGAUUUUUGGAGCAAUUGCGGAGUUUGUGGACAAUUCUAGGGACGCAAAAGCAACCAAGUUGGAAGUUUCUAUUGACAUGAUAUUUUCAAGAGCGACUGGCAGAGAAAUUCCUAUGCUGUGCAUUAUAGAUGAUGGAUGUGGAAUGAACCAUCAGGAGAUGCUUCGUAUGGUAUCAUUUGGACACAACCAACCUGAUGUGGAUGACCCUAAUCGCAUUGGGAGAUUUGGAAUUGGUUUUAAGACUGGGGCAAUGAAACUUGGGAAAGAUGCAUUGGUUUUGACACAAACUUCUAACUCUAGAUCAAUUGCUUUCCUUUCCCAGACACUCAAUGAAGGAAAAGAUAAUCUGGAGAUACCCAUUGUAAGCUACUACAGAUAUGGGCAAUUUAUGGAGCUGGAUAAGCAAAAUGAGACUCUGUUCAAACACAACUUGAAAGCUAUUAAGGAAUUUUCACCAUUUGAUAAGUACUUGAUUGGUCAAAAAGUAGGUCUAUUCAGUAGGGAGGGCACAGGAACACAUAUCUAUAUCUGGAAUCUGGAUGAGUGGGGAUCCAAUUAUAGCCUUCAAUGGGAGUCUGGAAUAACUGGUGGGAGCUCCUUCCAUCAGGGCGAUAUUUUCAUUCGUUCUAGACGGGUCAGAGCUCGUCCAGGCCAGAUGACUCAAACGGUUCCUUUGGACUAUUCGCUUAGAUCUUAUUUGGAAGUGAUCUUUCUUGAUCCACGGAUAAAAAUAUAUGUCCAAGGAUCACAGGUUAAAAGCCGACCAUUAGCAAGAUCUCUGAGCAAGACUGUUGUGGAAAAUUGUACUAUUAUGGGAAAAUCGGUUCAGCUUACGCUGGGUUGUAAUCAAUUGGAAUGGGAACAAGCAAAUUGUGGAAUAUUUCUGUACUGGCAUGGACGUCUAAUAGAGGCUUACAAGAGAGUUGGGAGUAUGAUGCAUAAUGGAGAUAAAGGUCGUGGUGUCAUUGGUGUUAUUGAUGUCACAGAUUUAAUGGCUGAUGAUAACGGUCAUGUUUGGGUGCACAAUAAUAAGCAAGGAUUCCAGGAUUGUGAAGCGUAUGCUGAAUUGGAGACGUGGUUGGGUGAAAAAUCAGACAAAUACUUGGAUGAGCAUGUUGAUAAAGUUGAAUUGAAGGCGAGUAGUGGUGUCUACAAACCUGACAACGAGUGGGUGCAGUGUGACAAAUGUAGAAAGUGGAGAAUGUUGAGCCAUGGCUUCAACAGCAAGACUUUACCGCUUCAAUGGUUCUGUUACAUGAAACCUUUUAACGGUAAAUGUGAGAUUCCAGAGCAGGAAGUUGAACCUGGAGUGAUAACGGUAUCCAGCAAGCGUCAGGGAUACAGUUUCUCUGCAGAUCCCCAAGAGAUAAAGGGGAAGCUCUCCAGACAAGCUGUGGGGACAUCAAAAAACAUGGGCGGGAACGUUUCAAGUCAUACAGUGGAUGACGAUCAAGCAAAUGACUAUUUAGAGAGACGGAAAAAGCUCCGAAGGAGUUGUAGGAAAAGUUAGUAUUCUGUUGAAGCAGCAUUUUUGUUGUGCACAGGUAUCUUUACGUAUGUAUAUGUAUAUGUUUGUCAAUAUGCGGCGGUUUUUUGUUAGUACAAUUAUAUGUUACGAUAAAUGUUAUUUGGUUGUCCACCUCUGCUCAAGCGAUGUGCUAUGAUGACAGAGAACACGUCUUUAACUUUUUUUCUUUUCAUCUUGUACAAGUAAUUGUGCCAAGAGACUGACAUUUCCAUUUAUUUGAUCGAAUCAAACAUUUACAUAAUUGCUUGUA